CACACUCAGCUCUUCAGUCAAGUAGCAGCCAAAUCUACAAACACCAAGCAACAACAUGUUCAAGCUGAUCGCCGUCCUGUCCGCCCUGUGCGCCGUUGCCAAUGCUGGCCUCAUUUCGCCCUACAGCCAUGGCUAUGGCCUGGGCUAUGGCGCCGCCCUGGCGCCCGCCUAUGCGCCCACCGUCAUCUCGCAUGCGCCGAUCAUCAAGAGCUAUGCCGCGCCCAUUGUGCAUGCGCCCAUUGUGAAGAGCAUCCCGUUGGCCACUUCCUAUGCCAACACCUAUAAGGUUGCCACCAAGGCCUAUCCCGUGGUGCAUGCCGCGCCCGUCUAUCAUGCGCCCGCAGUUAUUGCCGCUCCAGCUCUGCACACCACCUCCACCUACCAUGGACACGGCGGAUAUGGCAGCUAUGGCGGCUAUGGCAGCUACGGCCUGGGCUAUGCUGGCUAUGGACACGGCUAUCUGCACUAAGCACUGCUCCGGCUCAAUCCCCAUGACGACCCACAGGACCAGCAACGAUCAGGACAACAACAACAACGAGAACAACAUCUGCAUCUACAUUACCAAUCGGAUAAUACCGAGAGAUUGUGUGAGAUUCUUCAGUACAAUGUUCGCACGCUUUGCCGCUGUCAAAGUGUAGAACACAAAAUAAACCCAUUUUAACAUUAAAGUGAGAGACAGAGACGGAGAUAGACAGAGACACAGCCUGAGAGUGACAGAGAGAGCGAGAGAUAGAGAGAGAGCUAGCAGGAGAGAUCAAGUUAAUGCUGUAUAUAUGAUUGUUUUUUUGUUAUUGUGCAAUGCUCGUGGUUUCGACUUAAGUAAAUAAAAACAAUUCAAAA